CCGAGCCCACUGUGCCGGGGGGCGCGCAAGACCCGCUAAAAUCAGGUUUGUACUCCGUACCGGCCCGACACAAAGGAUGCACCGUGGAGCGACAUUCCGGCGUCGGCGUUUCUUGGUUGACACUGAUUGACUCGGGCCGCUUACAAUGUUCACCCUCUGCAAUUUUCGUCUUGCACGUCGGUAGGGUGCCAGUCCGAGAUACGGAUUACAGCCAUGUUUCCUGUCCGCUGCCUCCGGGCGCGGCCCCGUGCGUGCUGGCAGCGGGUGUUGAACGGGCUGAAUGCGUCACCCGGCCCAUCAGUUUCUCGGAGCGUCUCUACAGCGCACAGCAGCAGCCCCGGGGGACGGCCGUUGCGCCUAGCCGUGAUUGGCUCCGGCCCGGCCGGGUUUUACACAGCCUACCGGGCCAUGUCCAAAAUCCAGGAUGUCAAGGUCGACAUGUACGAGGCACUCCCCGUUCCCUUUGGUCUCGUGAGGUUUGGUGUGGCGCCGGACCACCCCGAGGUGAAAAACUGCCAGGAGAAAUUCGAAGAGGUGGCAUCCUCUCCCAAUUUCACCUUCAUUGGCAAUGUCUCAAUCGGCACCAAGAGUGACCACCCGGACGGCGCCACCGUUCCGUUGGCCAGCAUCCUCCGCCACUACAACGCGGUGGUCUUCUCGUACGGCGCUGCCAAGGACAGGCAUCUCGGGAUUCCGGGCGAGUCAACCCUGAAAGGUGUCUACUCUGCCCGCGAGUUUGUUGGCUGGUACAACGGCCUCCCCGAGCAUGCCGACCUCGCCCCUGACCUCACCCAGGGGGACGAGGCUGUCAUCAUCGGGCAAGGAAACGUAGCCCUGGACGUGGCGCGGAUGCUGCUCGAAGAUGUCAAUGUGUUGCGGAAAUCUGACAUUGCCGAGCAUGCCAUCGAGACGCUCUCCAAGAGCAAGGUCAAGAGGGUUCACAUCGUCGGGCGUCGUGGCCCGAUGCAGGCCGCCUUCACUAUCAAAGAAGUCCGCGAGCUCAUGCGCCUCCCCUCGGUGGCCUUCCACCCCAUCGACACCUCCCUCGUACCCCCCGACCUCAAAUCACUCCCACGCGCCCCGCGUCGACUGAUGGAGAUACUGCUCCAAGGCUCCCCCACCAGACCGGACGACAGCCCCCCACCCACCAAGUCCUGGUCCCUCGACUUCCUGCUCAAGCCCACCCAGUUCCUCCCCUCCGCCACCUCCCCCACCCGCCUUGCCGCGACCGAAUUCGCGCGCACGACGCUCUCCUCCCCCUUCGACCCCAACGCCUACGCCCUCCCCUCCGACAGCAGCACCGGCGACAGCAGCAGCAGCAAUACGACCGUGGUGCUCCCCGCCCCGCUGGCCUUCCGCUCGAUCGGCUACCGGUCGGAGCCGCUGCCCGAGUUCGCCGCGCUGGGCGUGCCCUUCGACGACCGCUGGGGCGUGAUCAGCAACGACGGGCGCGGCGGGCGCGUGCGGCACGAGGAGCGCGGCGCCGACGCCGCCAUGCGCGUCGGCGCGUUCCCCGGCCUGUACUGCGCCGGCUGGGUCAAGCGCGGCCCCACGGGGGUGAUCGCGUCCACGAUGGAGGACGCGUUCGCGACCGCUGAUGCGAUCGCCGAGGACUGGGCUGGUGGGGCCGGGCACGCGAGGUUCUUGAAUGGUGGCGGGGCUGUUGCAGGGUGGGAAGGGGUGAGGAGGGAAAGCGUGGGCGGGGGGGUCGAUACGGCGCGCGUGGUGGACUGGGAGGGGUGGCGGAGGAUUGAUGCGGCCGAGAGGGAAAGGGGAAGGGCGGUGGGGAAGGAGAGGGAGAAGUUCACCCGCACGGCGGAUAUGCUGGCUGUUCUUGGGUGAUGGGAGGCAGCACGGGUCUGAGUGUAACUAGGUAUG